GUCGGGCGAAGCGUCUACUACCUCGAUGGAAGAAACGGUCGCGUGUCAAACCAGAAGAGCUAGACAAACUACAAGAAGGCGGGGGUGUCAAUGUGUCGUCACCACUGGGUGCGGAAACAGAUGCAUUCCUAUCAGAUAUCCCGGACACAUGGUCAAACCCGCGCCCUAUAUACUAUUUAUCGAAUGACGAGAGGAGGACUAACAGUAGAUUCUUCUCCACCAUCACAGAUACACGGAUUGCGAGGUCUUUACGGUUGUUCCUCUUUGGCAUUCCCGCAUUCUAACGUCUGUCUUCGACACACCAAUUGGUCAGCCGGCGUAUUUGAUUUUUAUGAUGUUCUAUUCUGCAUCCUUUUUUUGGACAUGCAGGGUAUGAUGUCUAGCGUGGUGUUUGCGUUCACGCUGUUGCUGAUGGUGGCAUCGUUUGCGCUCACAUCGUUGCUGUUGAUGGCUCAGAUGGCUUCAGACGGCUUUUACUCAUACUGACGCCUCAUACGGACGUAUCUGGCCUUAGUCUUCAUUUUUGGACUGGGGAUUGUGGGUCCGUUGGGGGUCUGGGAAGGAACUUUGGCAUGCUUGCGGUUUUCUUCAUAGCUAUGAUCUUCUGGCAGUUAUUCCCCAUGGCCGAAGACGGCUUCGUGGUGCUGGUACCCUGGAAUGAUGUCAGGGUACGAUGAGCUGCUGCAGAGUGGAGGGCUAGUUAAUGUUCAGCAAAUGAUCAGCCAGCUGGCCGUCCAGAUACAGACCGCGGCGGGGACCACGGAAAUCUCGUUCUUAGUUCCACCGGGGAAUGGCUUAUCCGGGUAUGAAGUCGAUGUGACCAUCAUCCAAGGCACCAGCAUCCAGCUUACUCUCGCGCCGGGCAUGUGGUCACUGCUAUAGUGUGGGGCUCACAUAACGGCAUCAUCACAUGGCUGGGAAGAGUUUUUUGCAGGUGCUGAUAGGCUAUCACAUCACUUGGCUUCGUUCAUACCACCCCCGUACACAUCUCCGUGUCCUGCAAAGUAUCAUCCACCUGGUGCAACAGAACACCGCCAAGCAACAGGCGGCCUACAAUAGUACUGAGCCUGACGCGAAGACCCAGAAUGCCACAGGCAAGGGUGCAGGGCCGAAUCGAACCUUAUCGGACGACGAGCGCAGAGACUUAACCCUGAGUGUGGGUCAAACCGGGCUGAAGCAGCUCGAAGGGACUGCUGCGAAGCUCAAGCUGUCAAAAAUGCUGGAGCCCACAUGGUUGUCACCCAACAUCCUCGCGCGCCCGCACGCAGCACUCAUGAGCCUAAUUUUUCACACGGGGAAUACAUAUCUCAUCCUAUAAAUAAUAAUAGUAUAAAUAGAGAUAAAAUUGCAUGCC